UGGACCCCCACUCCGCUGCAAAUCUUCCCAAAGCCCUUCAGGCUGUGUGCACAGGGAAGGGGCUGUGCCCUACUCCAGGAUCAGCAUCACGAUAGAGGAACCUGCUGCAUUUUGGCAUUUGGCUGGGAAUCAGUGGGUGCCUCAGAGCAAAAGCAGAGUUUCUCUCAUGAGACACCCCCAGGGUGAGUCAUGGUCCCUGGCAGAAGGGAAGGAAGCAACCGUUUUUAGACAAGACAUCUAGGGCUUGCGGGUAAACACUGCCCAAGGAAGCGACUGGAGAAGGAGUCUUGGGAAACUCCUGGGACGCCUGGGUGCUGUGAAACUGGCUCCAUCCCACAGGGUGCUUCUUGAAUAACCACAGGGGAAAAUCUGCAUCAGGAGGAAGAAGCUGGAAAAUGAGGAUUUUCUUGGUUUGGACCCUUUUCCCAGGUGGCUGGGCAGUGACGGGCCCCAUGAAAGUGAUGGCUGACCAGGGUGGCUCACUGACAGUGUCCUGCAGCUAUGAGCCAGGCUAUGAGCUCUACUCCAAGUACUGGUGCCGCCCGAGCUUCCUCUGGUUUUGCUUCACCUACAUCGCCCAAACCAAUGGCUCAGAGGUGAUGGUGACACAGGGCAGGGUGUCCAUCAGGGACAACCACAUGGCACACUCAUUCACGGUGACACUGGGAAGUGUCACUCUGGGGGACGCAGGCUGGUACUCGUGCGGGGUGAGGAGGAGAUGGUGGUUCAACCAGUGGCACACCACCGAGGUGACAGUCUCCACAGCUGGUUCAGCCACAACCAAGGACAGUGACAUGAGCCUGUUGGCCACCAACUCCCCGUACCCCACAGGCUCUGGGGAGCCUGCAGUGGCGUCCCAGCUCAGUGUUACCUACCUGCUGCUCUUCCUCAGCGUGAAGGUAUUGGUGGCGCUGAUGCUGGCAUGUGGGGCCACCUGGGUGAGGAGCCGGCACAGGACCUGCGGCCAGGAAGACCUGCAGCUCUUUGAGGCGGCCAGGACACCGGCCUGCCCUCCCUCCCCAACCACCUCAGGACCCCAGGGAUGCCCUCCUGCUCCCUUGCCCCCGACCCUACUGAGGCUAUGCCACCCACCACAGCUGCCCCAUGCCAGCAGCUGCUUGGCUCUGGGUGCUUCUCCCCCUGCGAAGUCUCAGCCCCUCCUGGCAUCCCCUGUGCUGGAGACAGGAGGGUCUGGGGCACAGAGAGGCUGCAUCUGCUGAGCUGGAGCUGCAGACUGAAGAUAAUUUUGCAAUAAAGACUGAGUAUCCUGCGGGUGCCUGUCUGUUUGUCUGCCUGCCUGCUCCCUCCUUCAACUGCCAGCUCUGCCCAGGGCACUGGUGGCUGCCGUGCUGAUGUGUGGGACAUGUUGCAGCACCACAGGGGGGCCAUGUGGGUGCCAGCUCUACCAUGUCCCAGCUGAGACCUGGUGUGGGGAGAGGAGCCCUCACCCUGCCAGCCCUGCCUGAUGCAACCAAAUGCCCAUCUCCAGCUGAGCAAGCGUGGGGGAACAGUGUCCUCCCCCAGCUGUCUCCCCCACCACGGCAACAUGCCACCCUCAGCCUGAGAGCAAAGCUCACAUCACACCCAGCUGCACCACGGGCUUCUUUUCUCCUUGCUCCUAUUAUUUCCCAGGUUCUGCCAUCUCCAAAAAGCAGGCACUAGCACACUGCUGAGACCCUGCAGAAACCCUGCUCCUUACGUGUGCUUGUGUCCCACAGGGUGGCUGGCAUUAACAGCCACGUCAGGGAGAGCAGCGUGGCUGCCUCCAUCCUCCUCAGGGCUAUGACAAGUCCCACAUCUCAUGGCACAACCAGCUUCAAUGGCAUCGCCCCAGGCAGCUUUGGAGGAGAGCUGUUGCUCUUCAGCUUUGUUUAAGGAACUAAAAUGGCCGAGGUGCCAGGAGCCGGCACAAACCAGCAAUUUGCAGCCCACUCUGGCCCCACGUGGCAAAACCUCCACUGCAGAUGCAGCAGCUUGGCUGCCCAGGAGGGAGAGAGCUGGGGAGCACGGCCAGGGCCCCCACACCUCGCUCUGCCUGUGGCUCCACUGCCUGCUCCUGCCAGCCAGGGGCUGGGAGCCCACCAGGGGCAUGGGGGCCAGGGCUGUGCUUCCAUCCACUGAGGUCCCAACUCCAUGUUCACUGUCUGCUCCUGGUGGGUCUGAAGGGUCUCAUCUUCCUGGGCCUGGCCGGUGCCACCUCCUGAGUGAGCAGGCAGGAGCAGGGAAGCUCUGGGAAGGAGGCACUGAUGGAGUAGGUGAGACCUCCCAUCCCAAGUGCCCCAUCCAGGGAUGACAGCUCCUGGCACUGUCAGGCAGGGACAGCCCUGCCCCAAAGCCACCACAUGUAGGGAGCAGCUCCAAGUCAGAGCCAUGGGGAACUGCAGGGCUCCCAGGUUGUCCCCUGCAGGGGAGGGGAUGCAGGAGCAACUGCAUAGGGACACCCAGCAGCCCAGAGCCUGGCCCCGGUGAUGCUCUGGGCAGGGACCCUUCACCCAUAGGCAGCCACUGUCAGGGCCAAGGAUCAGGGCCAGGCACAAGUCAGGGACAGCUCAGUUGUGUCUCCACCAAGGAACACCCUCAGCACCACCGAAUUAGAACAAACCGUUGGCCAUAAAGCUGCCUCCCAGCCUUUGCUAGGAAUGGAGCUGUGAUGGUAUCAGCAGCUGGUCUGCAUGAGAGGCUUUGGUCCGAGCCGGGACCAGCCUGGGGCUGUAGGAGAAAGACUCUGUGACACCCAGCACGGGUCUGGUCCCUGUGCAUGGGCUGCAUUUGUCCUGCCCAUCCCCAAACCCCCUCUCACCCCUGGGAGCUUCUUCUGAAGGGUUUGCCCAGCGCAGCACAGGCUCAGCAAGUCACUGAUGGGCAGAAGGAAGGACACUGGGAGGGGCUGGUUCUUCCAGGGGACAAGGGAUGGGGACACAGGGGAGGCCUGGAGAGACCUGACAGGGGCACUGUGCAUGGGGACUGUGCCCUGCAGAGGGGAUGUGCUGGGGACAGCCAGGAGGGAUGUGCUGGCCAGGGCAGCGGGAAUGGGGGCUCCUGUCCAGCUGCACAGGGACAGGAUGCUGGGGUUCCUCGUCUGCCUUUCCCAUGGUGGGGACAGGGUGCCCACACGCGAGCAUUGCCCCCAGCCUGGGGGGCACGUUUGGGGCUCAGGGAGCCCCUGUGCAGUGCUGAGCCACCCCUUGAGAGGCAGACCCCCGCUGGGUGCCCUGCCUGGCCAGAGCCCCUGGGGAGUGUGGCAAUGAGGCAGGGAGAGGCAGGACUGCCCCCCGUGGGGGGGGCUGUGCUGGGGGCAGAAAGGAGAGCCCCUGGGGCAGCAGUGGAGCAGGAGGGCUCAGCGAUCAGUUCAUGGCAGUGCUCUCAGUGAUAGAGGAGGCUGGAAGUCAGUUGAGGCCGGAAAAAAUAAGAAACCCCAUGUCCUUGCUAAACCUCCGGCAACGGGUUGGGUACCCCAGGCAGUGGAGGAAGCAAAGCCCCAGACACGGCCCAAGCCAGCCUGUCCAUGCUGCUCAUGCUGCUGCUCGGCUGGAUGCUGCUGGCAGGUAGGGCUGAGGGGAUGCCUGGGGCUCUGGCCCACAUGGGACCAGCCUGAUGGGGCAGGAGGUGUCGGUGUGGUGGCAGCUCUCCUGCGGCUCUGUGUGCCUCUGCAGGCUGCCGAGUGGUGAUGGGGACCAGCAUCAUGCAGGAAUGCCUUGCAGAGUCCUUCUCAGUGACCUGCAUACACCAGCCUGGCCAGGAGACAAAGCAUAAUUUCUGGUGCAAACUGGCAAAAAUUUAUACCUGUGCUGCUGACAUUGUCACCACCUCAGAGCUGCAGCCUGUGGUGUGGCUGGACCGAUUCUCCGUCUGGGACAAUUGCGCGCACCGGGCCUUGACAGUGAUCGUGGAGGGGCCAGCUAUGGGCACCUACUGCUGGGGGGGGUCAAUGGCCAAAGCCGCAGGGGGGAAGAGCAACGCGGGGAAGGUGAUCGUGUCCUGCAUGUGUCUUCCCCGCCCCCCCAGCAACAGUGACCAUCAUGCUGGGGGCCAGGACGAGAUGGCACCUGGCCGUGGGGGGGUGGCAAGGGAAAGGGGCAGGCCAGUGACGGGCGGGCACACACUGUUCCGUCCCCCUGUCGCAUUGGCAGCCCCUCAGCCUCAGGCCAGCUCCCAGCCUCCGUCCGAAGACCCCCGGCCACCCGAGGGGCAGCUCCAGCCCCCUGAGCUACUCGCCGGCGCUGGCCGGGCUGCAGUUGCAGGGCUGGGGGCCGUGCGUGGAGCCGUGCCCCGGCUGAGCACCCGCUGGGGACCCCCCGGCCGCAGCCGGCGCCGCUCCGCCCCGGCCCGGCCCGGCCCCGACGGGGCGGGCAGGGACAGCGCCGGGGCCCACCGCGCCUCUCCCGUCGCCGCCGGCGGCCACAAUAAAGCUUCUCCG